GAUAAGCAAAGUGAAGGCAUAGGGAGAACCCGGGGCCUCUGCGCUCCCCACACGCCCGGGCCAUCGCGGGGGCUGGUGCUGCCGGGAGGCUGUCAGCUACCGAGAAUAAUGACCUUGCAGACAUCACCACCUGAGUGAGAACCAGGGGUCUGUGCCUCCUUAUCCUCCGCUCUUACCCUGGUCAAGCCUGCACCAGGAUGUCAGGGGCCUCUAAGGAGAGUCUGGGGCCCCGAGGGCUGCCAGGGCUGGGUAAGGCCUGCUUAACCACCAUGGACAAAAAGCUGAACCUGCUGAAUGAGAAGGUGGACCAGCUCCUGCAUUUCCAAGAAGAUGUCACAGAGCAGCUGCAGUGCAUGUGCCGAGACAUGGGCCGCCUGGAGCAGGGCCUGCACAGGCUGGAGGCCUCCCAGGCGCUGGGCCUGGCUGGGGCUGACGGGGCUCCCCCUGCUAACACCCAUGCUGGGUGGUCCGAGGUCCUGGAGUUGGUGAGGGCCAUGCAGCAGGACGCGGCCCAGCAUGGCGCCAGGCUGGAGGCCCUCUUCAGGAUGGUGGCUGCGGUGGACAGGGCCAUCGCUUUGGUGGGGGCCACGUUCCAGAAAUCGAAGGUGGUGGAUUUCCUUAUGCAGGGGCGUGUCCCCUGGAGGAGAAGCAGCCCAGGUGACAGCCCUGAGGAGAACAAAGAACCAGUGGAAGAAGAGGGAGCAAAACCAAAGCAUGUGCUGAGCACCAGGGGGUUGCAGGCUGAUGCCAGGGGGCCUGGGGAAGAGAGCCAGAAGGUGGACGUGCUGGAAGGGACAGUGGAGAGGCUGCCCCCCAUCAGAGCUUCAGGGCUGGGAACUGACCCUGCCCAGGCAGGGGCCUCAUCAGGCCAGGGAGAUGGCAUUCCUGGCCCAGGCCAGGCGUUCCCUGGCCACCUGUACCUGCCCACAGAGGUGGAAGCCAAGGCUCCUGAGACAUCCAGCGAUAACCUCAGGACUGGCCUGGAAUUGGCUCCAACACCUGGCAGGGUCAGUGUGGUCUCCUCGAGCCUGGAGGUUGCACCAGGUGCAGGACAAGGAGCAUCGUCCAGCAGGCCUGACCCUGAGCCCUUAGAGGAAGGCACGAGGCUGACUCCAGGGCCCGGCCCCCAGUGCCCAGGGUCUCCAGGGCCGCCAGCCCAGGCCAGGGCAGCCCACAGUGGUGGAGAGACACCUCCAAGGAUCUCCAUCCACAUGCGAGAGAUGGGUACUCCUGGGGAGAUGCUGGUGACAUGCAGGGGAAGCCUCGGACCCCCCCCUGCCACAGAGGCUCCAGCAGCUGCCCAGCCAGUCAGGCAGGGCCCACCUGGGGCCAGGCGCUGCCUCCAAGCCCCUGGGACUGAGUUCAGAGAACAGAUCCCUGAAGGAGCCAGAGAGCUCUCCCUGCUGCAGGAGAGCAGCAGCCCCGUGGGAACGAAGGCAGAGGAAGAGCAAAGGGCUGGGGCUGAGCCUGGCACAGGACCAGGCUUGGCCAGGAGGGAUGACAGUGACCACGUGACUGAGGCCGUGGACAUGCAGCAGGACAAAGGCCCAGGAGUGGGAAACCCUGAGCCUGGGGAGGACUGUGCAGCCAGGUCCCCAGGGAGAGCUGAAGCAAUAAGGAGGACACCCCCGGACGCUGAGGCUGGAAGCGUGGUUCUGGAUGACAGUCCGGCCCCGCCAGCUCCUUUUGAACACCGGGUGGUGAGCGUCAAGGAGACCUCUAUCUCGGCGGGUUACGAGGUGUGCCAGCACGAAGUCUUGGGAGGGGGCCGGUUUGGCCAGGUCCACAGGUGCACAGAGAAAUCCACAGGCCUCCCACUGGCUGCCAAGAUCAUCAAAGUGAAGUGUGCCAAGGACCGGGAGGAUGUGAAGAAUGAGAUCAACAUCAUGAACCAGCUCAGCCACGUGAACCUAAUCCAGCUCUAUGACGCCUUCGAGAGCAAGCACAGCUGCACCCUCAUCAUGGAGUAUGUGGACGGAGGUGAGCUCUUUGACCGGAUCACAGACGAGAAGUACCAUCUGACCGAGCUGGAUGUGGUCCUGUUCACCAGGCAGAUCUGUGAGGGCGUGCAUUACCUGCACCAGCACUACAUCCUGCACCUGGACCUUAAGCCGGAGAACAUACUGUGUGUCAAUCAGACAGGACAUCAAAUUAAGAUCAUUGACUUCGGGCUGGCCAGAAGGUACAAGCCUCGAGAGAAGCUGAAGGUGAAUUUUGGCACUCCUGAAUUCCUGGCCCCAGAAGUCGUUAACUAUGAGUUUGUCUCGUUCCCCACGGACAUGUGGAGUGUGGGAGUCAUCACCUACAUGCUACUCAGUGGCUUGUCCCCAUUUCUAGGGGAAACAGAUGCAGAGACCAUGAAUUUCAUUGUAAACUGUAGCUGGGAUUUUGAUGCUGACACCUUUGAGGGGCUCUCGGAGGAGGCCAAGGACUUUGUUUCCCGGUUGCUGGUCAAAGAGAAGAGCUGCAGAAUGAGUGCCACACAGUGCCUGAAACAUGAGUGGCUGAAUAAUUUGCCUGCCAAAGCUUCAAGAUCCAAAGUUCGUCUCAAAUCGCAACUGCUGCUGCAGAAAUACAUAGCUCAAAGAAAAUGGAAGAAACAUUUCUACGUGGUGACUGCUGCCAACAGGUUAAGGAAAUUUCCAACUUCUCCCUAAUCUUCAACUCUGCUGCUCCAAUGGGUCCAGAAAUUACUGAGGCCAGUGGUGAAGUGAAGAGAUGACUCAAAAAGUUAAAUAAUUUGGCUUUUUGCUAUUACUGAUUACACUUAUUUUGUAAAGAUGAUUAUGGCUGCUGCUUUCCUUGUGGAUGAAAAGUGGCUGUAAAGAAGCUUCCUAAGAACGCUUUUUUCUGCCUUGUAAGAUCACUGUGUGAAAUGCUGUGUGUAUCUUUCAAGUAUACCUACUUUUGGUGGUAAGUGUAGGGAUGCUUUAGGGAGGUACUUUGCAUAUGUCGAAUUUAAAUUCUAAACUCACACUGAUUAAAGAACUCGGUAGACUA